UUUGGAAUUUAAAAAUGGAAAAAGAAAAUCGGGGUGAUUCUCGAAAAACUGAUUCUCAAAAGUUACUUGAAAAAUAUCUCGAAGAUGCAAAUAAGGCAAAUUCGUAUUUGGUCAAUAACGAUCAGGAAGAAUCUGAAAUUCGACAAUAUUAUCGUUCCCUUGACAAUAACACCCCUUUCUUUAAUACAAACGACGAUGCAAUUUCUUUCGAGGACAUAAUUCCUUCAGAAGAACAGAAACGGGCUUUUGAAGCCACAUCGAUAUUUGAACCCGACUAUGUUCCUGAGGACAUAUUAGACUUCUAUUAUCGAAGAUCUCCAACCAGUAUCAAUUUAUCACCAACUUCUACAGAUUCUGACAUAUCUAAUCUUUCAUUGUACUUGGUUUGGACUCGAACUAAAGAAACUUAUGAUCCUGCCCAUCUUACAGACGAAGGAAUUUAUCUUGAAGAUAAUUAUUUAAACGAAUCUAGCAGUGAUGAGGAACUAAUUGAAGGAAUUAGAAAAUUAAAUUUAACAUCUUCUGAAGAAGUCCCACCUUCAGAAAAUGCUGCUUUAACAAACUAUUCUAAUGCUAAACGCCAAAAUGAUGAUGAAGAUGCUUUAGAUUUGAAUCCCAUUAAGAAAAAUAAAAAGGACUAAAUAAAUUUUUGAUACUACAUAAACAUAUUCUGUAGAUUUUUACG